UUUACAUACCCCACCAAAAAAAGAAAAAAAAGAGAAAAAGAAACAAACAUUCAGAACACAACUUUUUUCCAAAUGGCUUCUGACCCAAACUAUUGUUUCUCAAACACAUACGAAGAUGUUUUAGCUUCCUCCCUACAAUCAACAACAAAUGAUUCUAUAUUCUUUAAUCUAUCAGUCCUUAAAGAUAAAGCCCAACAUGUUCACUCGAUCGCGGACAUGUUGUUUAACCAAACACAACCGCAAUCCGUGGCUUCUGACAUGACGUCGGUCAGCUUACAAAAUGUUGCCAGUUUGCUUCAAGAAAUUAUUGGGAUCGCGUCUAAUGUCAUGUUCACUUGUCAAAAUAUUGGGCCCGGGCCGGUUAACCAAACAAAUACUAACAACAACAAUAACCAUGAGAACACCCUCGACUAUGACCAUUUGAGUCAAUCAAAUUCGAUGUUUGAGUGGUUGGGUGGAAGUGGAGUUGAGACUAAUUUUGCUAGUGUAUCUUGUAACACAAGAAAUGAGAAUAGCGGUGUAGAGGAGCGAAAAAAGGUUCAAGUUGAAAGAGAUAUAGACAAGGGCUCACGUUCAGGUUCAGGUUCAGGGUCGGGUCAGAGAAUGUCACCAAGAAACUACGACAUAAUAGAAAUGAAUGCAGCCGAUUUACUAGCAAAAUACACACACUAUUGCCAAGUGUGUGGUAAAGGUUUUAAAAGAGACGCAAACUUGAGGAUGCACAUGAGGGCUCAUGGGGACGAAUACAAGUCCAUUGCCGCACUUGCUAAUCCCGUUUCAUCCAAUGGUGGUACUUCAUCACCAAAGUUAGAAAGAAAGUUCUCGUGCCCACAAGAAGGGUGUAGAUGGAAUCGUAACCAUGUGAAAUUUCAGCCAUUGAAGUCGAUGAUUUGCAUGAAGAAUCACUACAAAAGGAGUCAUUGUCCAAAGAUGUAUGCGUGUAAGAGGUGCCACCAAAAGCAAUUUUCCGUGCUUUCAGAUUUACGGACUCAUGAGAAACAUUGUGGAGAUGUGAAAUGGCGAUGCUCAUGUGGCACAACGUUUUCAAGGAAAGAUAAACUCAUGGGUCAUGUUGGUCUGUUUGUAGGGCAUACACCACUUGUAGAUACGGGUAAUUUGAUCAAGAAACAAUGAAACUGAGGAAGAUUGUGGUUGGAACUUGUUUUGGCUGUACUUAUGAAUUUAUGAUACUGAAAAUGACUUGUUAAUGGAUAUAAAGCUUUUUUUCAUCUCAAGUUUUUGGUCCUAAUAUGGAUCAGCCUUUUGUUUUCUUGUAAGACCGCUUGUAACGUGACUGGAUGUUGUUAA